AUGGCGCCGAAUCCUCCGGAAGGACAGCCGCAGUUUGAGCAUCCAACCGCAAGCCAUGCAAAGAAGAAAAAACGAGGGCCAUAUCCAAUUGAGCCCAUCACCGCAUUUUACAUCUUCUUUGCGGCGGGUCUUGUAGCAGCUGUUUUUGCUCCGAUACAAGAUUGUGAUGAGACGUUCAAUUACUGGGAACCAGCGCAUUACCUCUCCCACGGUUACGGCUUGCAGACUUGGGAGUACUCGCCGGACUACGCAAUUCGGAGCUGGUUGUACGUUGGUCUACAUUCUGCAUUCGGUAGCAUUCGUCGACUAUUGCCUCAAUCAUCAAAGGUGUCUGAGUUUUACUUUAUCCGCUAUGGCCUCGCUUUCCUUUGUGCCAUCUGCCAGACCGUUCUGUUCAAGGUCAUCAGCCUUACUAUGAAUGGCAGAAUCGGCAUGUUCUUCUUAAUCGCAACCGUUAUUAGCCCGGGAAAUUUCCACGCUAGCGCGUCCUUCCUGCCAUCGAGCUUUGCCAUGUAUAUGUGUAUGCUCGGCGCUGCUUCGUUCAUGAACUGGCGUGGCGGCAUCAAGACUGCUCACGGCAUAUUUUGGUUUGCCGCAGCGGGUAUUCUUGGUUGGCCAUUUGCCUCGGCGCUAUGUGCCCCUUAUCUCCUAGAAGAGCUGGUUCUCGUUCUCUUUAGCGAUAAGGAUGCUUUUAUUGAAGCCAUCAUUCGAUUCUUUCGUGGCGUAAUUGCUGGCUUGAUCGUUUUGUUUUUUGACUUCCUGAUCAACCUCUUCUUUUACAAGAAGAUUGCUGUUGUCAGCUGGAAUAUUGUCAAGUACAACAUCUUCUCUUCAACUGGCGGCCCUGAUUUAUACGGAACCGAGCCGUGGACGUUCUAUUUCAAGAAUCUGGCCUUGAAUUUCAACAUUUGGUUCAUUCUUGCCCUGUUGGCAUUGCCACUAUUCGUACUUCAGAAGAUCAUUUCACCAUCCGGUCAUGGCUUUCAGUCUGGCCUGCGGACUGUCGUAUUUCUUGCGCCGUUCUACAUGUGGCUCGCCAUCUUCACAAUACAGCCUCACAAAGAGGAGAGAUUCAUGUAUCCUGUGUAUCCUUUCCUAACUCUCAAUGCUGGCAUUGCGCUUCACAUCAUAUUGGCUGCAAUUGGGAGCACAGACCCAAGUACACUAGCUGGAAAGAUUCCUGCUCGACUGAAGUUCCUAGCGGUCAGUGUUGUGAUGAUUCUGGCUUUGGACGUCAGUCUUGCCAGAUUGUACGGUAUUUACUCCGCAUAUUCCGCACCUCUGAGCAUUUACUCUAGGCUAUGGGGAUCCAGUCAUGGACACCCGCCACUGGGCAAGGAGGAGGAUCUCGUGUGCUUUGGGAAAGAAUGGUAUCGUUUCCCCUCAUCAUACUUCUUGCCACGCGACAUGCAUGCCAAAUUUGUUCGUUCUGAGUUUCGGGGUCUGUUGCCUGGUGAAUUCUCUGAGGCGAAGAUCGGAUUUGGGUUCUGGAGCGGCACUUGGUUACCGACAAGUGGUUUCAAUGAUCGCAACGUGGAGGAUCCUGGCAAAUAUGUCGAUCUGAAGGCAUGCUCCUUCCUGGUCGAUACUCAGUUCCCCCUCCGCACCGACCCUUUACCUCCAAACGAGCCUGACUACAUAGCGGACAAGCACACGUGGGAAGUUGUCCAAUGUGAACAGUUUUUGGAUGCCGCGAAUACGCAUAUCCUGGCACGGACAUUGUGGGUUCCGGACUUGGACGUCAUCCCGGAGAAGUUUAGGAGAAAGUGGGGACGACAUUGUUUGCUCCAGCGAAAGACGACAUAA